UGGCGACACAAAAAAUAUUCACAGUAAUGUUAAAAGGAAACCGCAGCAUCAGUGUCUGUUUGGCUCGCGGAUAAAGAUGAUGCUGGGUACGAACACGCUGGUUUUGCUUCUCGUCAUCAGCAGCCAGCUGACUCAAGGAGCAGUUGAUGAAGAUGAUGAAUGUCAUAUCACGGCUACCAAAUUGUUGAAAAAGUUAUCAAAGUGCCACGGACAGAAAACAGAUGAAAUGAAUAUAUUUUUAGAAAUCCAGGCAGUGAAAUCGGAAAUUCUUGAAGAGCUCAGUACAAUAAAAAAAAUGCUUAGAAAUAAUAACAACAACCAUUGCGCUCAACCAGCCGGACUCAAAUGGAUCAACACAGGAGGAAAGAAAUAUUUCUUUAGUGAUAUUCAGGCUUCCUGGUAUGAUUCAAAAGACUUUUGCUCAAAGAAUGGUGCACAAUUGGCCUCUGUCAAGUCGGAAAUUGAAAUGGAAGAACUACACAAAAAAAUACAAACUCUGAAAAAUCGAGCAAAUCAAUACUUUUGGACGUCAGCCAAUGAUAUCGGAAUGUCUGGAAAGUUUGUUUGGAAUGAUGGUACGCCGCUAUUGAACUCAAGUAAACUGUGGCAUAUUGGAGAAACUUAUCAAGAGCCUAAUGAAUUCGGUAGAGGUCGAGAAACGUGUGUGAAUGUAAACUCAGGUUUUCUUUAUGACUUCCAAUGCAAUGGUGAUCUUUUUUAUAUCUGUGAAUUCACUGGCAGCACUUAAGCUAUAGAUAUUUUUAUGUCCAGCUUUUGUAUGCGUAAUAUAUAACCUUUUAAAACUUG